ACUCCAUUGUUCGGUUGAUUAUUUUGCCGUUCUGUUAAACGGCAAAGUGAAUGACUCUUCGUCUUGACGUAGUAGAUCUGUGAGCCAUUCUUCUUUAUACCUCUUCAACAUGCCAAUAGCAAAAACGAGAGAAUACCUUGGCUCGCGUAAGCGAAUGAUAUUAUCCUACUUGAAGGAUUGGAUUCUUGGCAUUAUGUUCCUCGCCAUUUUCCUUGCCAUAGAUUAUGUCCCCCCAUUCCAUCAAGAGUUCUAUCUGGACGAUUGGUCCAUUCGAUAUCCGUACUCAGUCAAAGAGCGCGUGAGCUUCACUGCUCUGUUGCUUAUUUCUGUUUUGGCGCCGCUUGUGAUCAUCAUAAUUAUCGCUGGCUUCAUCAAGAGAAGUUUUCAUGACUUGCAUCAUGGUCUUUUAGGACUUUUUUUUGCUCUGACAUUUACGCUCAUGUUCACUGAUGUAUUAAAGAUCACUAUCGGUGAACCGCGGCCCGAUAUGCUAGCACGGUGUGCACCCUCUGUUACGACGUCACCCGUCGAAAGUUUGUUGAGUGUCGCUAUUUGCAACGGGGUUGCCAGUAUUGAUUUGCAGGAUGGAUUCAAGAGUUUUCCUAGCGGACAUUCGUCAUACUCCUUCGCUGGACUCGGAUAUCUCAGCUUGUAUCUGUGUGGAAAGCUUCAUAUCUUUGACCAUCAAGGACAUGUAUGGAAGAGCUUUUUGGUCAUGGUACCCCUUAUGGGAGCUAUCCUAGUCGCCAUUAGUCGUAUAAUGGACUAUCGUCACCAUCCUUGGGACGUGAUAUUCGGUAGCUUGCUCGGAUUUGCCGCAGCGUACUUCUCAUAUAAUCAAUAUUACCCCCCUCUGCACGCACACGAUUGUCAUGUGCCUUUCGAGCCACGCCACCAUGUCAAAUUGAUUCCUGACGAGUCUACGGACGAUACUACCAACGCUGAUACAGCAACUGUGGGUCGAAAUCCUGUGUCCUGACUGUAACACUGUGGAGCCUUGUUUGUUUAAAGUCAAGAACACAACUUUGUACAAGUCCGAACUAGCUGCUGUGUGGCUAUGC